AUGGAUAAUCAAUCCGAAGUGUAUUCCAUAACUACAGCAUUAUGCGGCUCUGUGUACACAGUGAAUUUUGUAGACUCUUCAGCAGAUAACUUUGAGAAAAAUCUUGAGGUACAAAUACGUGACUGUAUUGACGCUUUCCUCGUUGUUUACGCUAUUGAUGAUCAGAAUAGUUUUGAAGCAGCCAGAUUAAUUAUCAAUGCAUUGACACCAUUGAAUGAUAGAAGGCAAUUUUCAAUGUUAUCACCGAAGAAAAUGAAUAAUUCCGUUACAACUCUACCUGGAUUGAUAUAUCUUGUUGCUAAUAAAUCUGAUCUGGUUAGAGGCAGACAAGUACCGAGUGAUGAAUCUGAUUAUAGGUUUUUGUAUAAAGAGAAAAUGGGACCUCUUGCUGCUUACAGUUAUGGUUUUGUCAUUCGUCUUUUUCUUGCUGCAUCAAUUUUAAUCAGCUUUCGUUUUCUUCCUGAUUAG